AUGGCUUCCGAAACUGCCAAUCCCUCAGGCUCAGCUUCCCAAGCUGGGCCUAAGCCCGAGGGAUACACGUUACAGAUCAUAUCACCUUCUCUUGGAGUUCCGCAACCUCUCAUUCUUGGGGAAUUAUCCGGCACUACGACGAUCCGGCAACUGAAGGAGAGGAUUCGGAAUGCCCUCGAUGCCAAACCCACAGAUCAGGCACAACGCCUCAUCCAUAGAGGUCGUCUGUUGGCUCGGGAAAACGAGACCAUGCUAGAGCUGUUUGGGGAAGAAGCACUUCGUUCUACAGAACGCCAGACUCUGCAUCUUGUCCUACGCGAUCUUUCCGAAGGGCCAACCGCAUUCACACCGAGCCCCUCUGCGCAAACCCCCAGUCGAGCCCCGACUUCAGCUCAACCCCCUGCGAAUGUGCAUGACCACGCCCAUGCACAUAUACACCACCAGCAACAUCAACCUCACUUUCAUGCACAGCCUCAAGUCCGAGUUGGAAUAGGGGCUCCUCAGCCCAUGUUCAACUUCCCUCAAGGCCCGAACGCUACUCUAAAUGCUGGAUCUCAACCUCCACCUGGUUAUACACCGCAACAUCUCCUGCAGCACCAGAUGCAGCACCAGAUGCAGCACCAGAUGCAGCACCAGAUGCAGCACCAGAUGCAGCACCAGCUCAACGUGAUGGCGCGUAUGGGAAUCCCAACCCUGAACCAGGGGGACCGAGCUGCUCCAGGUAUGCACGGGAUGCCGGAUGUGACACCUCAGAUGCGAGGGGCGCCCGGCGCGAACGAGCCCAGGACUGGAUCACCCUCGCACCCCGAUGCAACACGUACCGUGAUACGUGAAGGGUUUGGCCCCAAUAGCCAGCAGUGGCGCAUCACUGUGAACGAGUCACUGGCCAGUUCGCUCCCACGGCCAGGAGGUACAGGUUCGCCACUCCCUAAUGCCGACGUUUCAGGAGUGCGAGGUAUGCAACCACGAUCUGCUGCAAACGGAGGGCCGUUUUCAGGGAACGAUCUACAGAAUAUAUUACGGACCGCCGACGCAGGCCCAGCCACAAGAGCCAUGACGGAUGCAAUGCGCAGAAAUGCCAGCAGUUCUUCAUUGCCAAACUUAGCCAGUAGUCAGUUCCAACAGCCCAUACCACCUGGAGUGACUACACCUUUGGCUUCAUCUCGAGCCGGUAGUGCGGCUGGCACACCUAUUCCGCCACCGGCAGAGGGGCCUGCUGCGAGUGCUGCUGCGGCUACGAAUCCGACUCAGAUUCAAGGCCUCCAAGGGGUUCCUGAAGUAUACAUCCUAUCUUCGCCCAGCGGGCCACGUGCCCUUCUUCUCAACACCACUUUGGGCAUGUACUUCAGCCCGCAAGUACGAGGUCCUUAUCCACCUGGCUUUUCGCGACCAUUCCCUACCACCUUUGGCAAUACAUUCAACACGCAGUAUGCCCCGCCGCCACUGAUUAACUUCCAGGCGCCGAGAACACAUGGGCGGGAAUGGGAAGUUCGUGCAGCGAACCCUCAACAAGUCAAUGCGACACCACCAGCACAGCAAGCACCCGCACAGCAACAACACGGGCUCCCGCAGGCACCCCCGGCUCAACAACAGAUCGGCCACGCUGUGGCGCGUCCCGACAAUGCACAAAUACAAGCAGUCAGGAUUGCCCAGGUGUGGCCUCACGUAUGGAUGAUAAUACGUCUAGGACUAUUUAUUUGGUGGUUUACUUCCCCUGCAUCUAGCUGGUCGCGAUGGAUAACCGUGAUUUCCAUUGCUAUCACCUUGUUCCUGGUCAACACCGGGCUACUGAACCCUCUCGUUGAACAAUUAUGGGUUCCGUUCCGCCAACACAUUGAGGGCAUGAUUCCUCUCGGACCAGAAGCCCCGGGAGCCAACCGCCGUCCUGCAGUGGCUGAGAAUGCCCAAGGAGCAAACGGCGAAGCAGCAAUUCCCGAAAGGCAACGAGUCCUCGACCCUGCAGACACAGCAGCAAGAUUGGUCCAUCAACGCCGUGAGGACAACGCGAACUGGUUGUUGAACCAGGCAAGAAGACUGGAACGUGCUGGGAUUCUCUUCAUCGCCAGUAUCGCCCCCGGUUUAGCUGAGAGACACAUUGCGCACGUGGAAGCAGAAGCCCGGGCUGAGCGGCAACGUCAGGAAGAAGCCGAGGCGGCAGCGGCGGCUGCUCAGGCUGAGGCCAGGGAAACAUCGGAAGGCGCUGAAGCAGGCAAUGAAAAUAGUGGCUCUGCUGACUCGGGUGAAACAGCCGGUGCAGCUGAAGCGGCCAGCAGUACAAAUACCGAAAGCCGCGCCCCGCCUGUCGCUGCAGAACCGGCAAUCGCCACCUAA